AUGUUCAACCUUAUUACUCUUUCCAACUCGAUAUCAUCACUGUCAUUCAUUUCUUACCCUAGGCCAUUUCCUGGCAGCCACUCGUUCAACAUGCGUUUGUCCUCAUUCCUACUCGCAGCAUGUGCCUCUAGUGCAUUCGGGCAGUUCAACCAGAAUUUCAAGAGAUUUACAAACACUAGUAUUCCUGCCACCACGACUUCUGACUCCGUUCCUACGUCCCUUGAUACAAGUGCUACUACAACUGGUAGCACUGCCCCGUCUACUGCGCCGAUCUCUCUUGGAACCGCUCAGCUUGGUCCAGGUGCUAGUUACACUACUGCACUUGAUGGUUCAGCCGCAGUAUCUCUCUUCAUUCGAAAUGGAGUUGCUUCCUUUAGACUCGUACCCUUCCUAGCCAGUUUCGCAGGCCUCCGUGUCUUUGUCGUCUUCAGUAUCCUCGUUAGACCUCCCCCCGGAGGUCGCAAGCGUCAGGCAUUCGAAGGGUGCAGCCUUGAAGUUCAGUUGGAUGGCCAAAGCAUCUACAACCAAGUAAUGACCAACACGGGUGGAGCAGAGGUUGGGCAGAGAAGCAACCCUGUCAGGCUCAACGCCGAAGGUCGACCUGAUCUCGAAUACUUCCUGACUUGUGGCUCUGAUGCUGUCGAGGUCGUUGUUUCUCAUCUCUCUUUUGAACAAGCUGGCGACGAUGCAGAGACUACGCCUAUUGCGCCCAUCCCAACCGGUACUGAGACGCCAGGUGUUACUGGCACCAACUCUGAAGGGGUUAUAACAAACUCCGAUGGCGAGACUAUCUUCCCCACUGAACCCGCAACUGGCACUAACUCUGAGGGAUUCACUACCAAUUCCGAAGGAGAGACUGUUUUGCCUCCUAGCACUAACUCUGCUGGUUUCACCACGAACUCGGAUGGCGAGACUAUCUUCCCUACUGAACCCGCAACUGGCACUAACUCUGAAGGAUUUACUACCAACUCUGAGGGAGAGACUGUUCUACCUCCUAGCACUAACUCUGCUGGCUUCACCACAAACUCGGACGGCGAGACGAUCUUUCCCACUGAAACCGCAACUGGCACUGAGGAUCAAUCUUCUGCUCCAACUGCUACCUCUCUCGCUGGCUUCCCUGACUUUAUUGAUGCUUUCACCCUCUUUGGCUGUGUCGGAUCCAGUGAUGGCUUCCCCACUUUCGAGCUCGCUCAAUCAGAUACCUCUAUGGACCUGGAUCAGUGCUCUACUCUCUGCCAAGGUCGAGCCUACUUUGGUGUCUAUGAUACUGACUGUUACUGUGGUGAUGAGGUUGAUGGCGAGGACACUGCUCGCGUUGAGCUGGAUUCCUGCGAUAUUGAGUGCCCUGGAGAUGUCUCUCAGUUCUGCGGUGGUGACUCUCAGCGUCGCAGGAUGCACCGCCGCCAAACUAUUCCUUCCGAUCGUCUUCUCACAGUUUAUGUCUCUGCUGGCGGUCAAACUGAUGUUGUCACCAACGAAGUUACUCGAACCGUCACUGAUCAGUCAACCUUUGUCACCACCUUCGCUACUACAGUUGCUGGACCCGUCACCACCGCCACCGAGCGCGUUGUAUACAUCUUUGUUGAGGCCGACUGCGGCAACUGCAAUGGCCAGUGGGUCUAUAUCCCUGAAGUCUGUGACUGUCAGGGCGGUUUCCAAUAUGUUCCAUACUUCUGCUUUGCAGGCAGCUGUUCUGGAAAGACUGUGUAUAAGUCUGAGGAGUGUCAUGAUUGGUGGAACCACAAGAACUUUUAUGUCCCGACAGACUGUGAGGAAUGCUCUGGAGGUGAGAUUCUUUAUACACCUUGGGAGGAUACUUGGGGUACACCCAAGAACUGUAAGCCCGAGGAGAUUCCUGCCUGUGAGGGACGCAAGUGCCCUGCUGUCUACCCAAUCAACAACAAGGGCCAAAAUGGAGGUGGUAGCAGUGAUCACGCAGGUAUGCCUCAUGGUGGUUCCAACAGUGGUUCAAAUGGUGGCUCCAGCUCUGGCGAUCAGAGCAAGGGCUCAAACAGCAGUGGAUCAAAGGGCAACGGCCCCGAGUGCAUAGGAAAUGACUGCACCGGACCCUACGGCGGCGAAUCCAACUCCAAGCCCAAUGAUUCUCAUGAGUCUGAGGGCGGUGACUACCAUGGCGAGUCCGCACCUGGCAGCAAGCCCACGGGACCGUCUAAGGACAGCGGCUCUCACGGUGAGCCUGCGCCUGGUGGUAAGCCUACUGGCGUUCCAAUCGUGGUCAACGGCGCUGGCAAGCCAGUUGCUAGCUUGUUUGCUCUUCUGGCUGCACUUGCCCCUGCCCUUCUUUAG